AUGACCAAGCAUAAAGUAUUCUCCAAAAAAGCCAAGACUAACCUAACCCAUCUGUAUUUGAAUGACAAAAAUAUGACUAAAAUUAACACCAUCUAUCCAACCAAAAAUAUUCUGGUGCUAUACUUGCAUAACAACCAAAUUAGUAAAAUCGAGAAACUCGGCGCGUUCGCACAUCUCACGCAUCUCUAUCUACAGUGGAACAACCUGCGGAAGAUCGAAAACCUGGAAAGCUUGAAAAAUCUAAAACAGCUCUAUUUGGGCUACAACAAAAUCACACGGUUGGAGAAUUUGGGUGGUUUGAAAAAACUCGAACAGGUUCACAUCGAACGCCAGCAACUCGACGGAACGAUGCGGUUCGAGUUCGAUCCCGAGUGUCUUUGCGCUUUAGCGAACCAUCUAAAGGUGCUUAACAUUAAGAAACUGAAGCUCGCCAACAUUGACGCCCUGGAGCCCUUGUGGAAGCUGGAGAUUCUACUCGCCUCCGAGAACAAUUUUAAGUCCACCGAAGACGUGACACCAGUCGUUAGUGCACUGUAUUCGCUGCGCGUGCUGGAUCUGCAGGGAUGUUCGGCACAGCGGGACGUCCAUUAUCGGGAGAAAGUUACCGCUGCGGCAGGCCAUAAGCUGUUGCUCUUGGAUGGGAAAAUGAUAUCCCAGUCGACGCGCAACUUUAUCAAAAACUUCCAAAACGUCAAGCUGGAGAAGCAACGGCGGGCCAGCGAGAAGCCCAAGACGGCCGAAAACACCUCAAAAUCAUCCUUCGAGAGUGUCAGCGAACGGAGCAGCGGAGCUGGUGGAAGCGGUGGUGGUGGCGGUGGCGGAAGUGGCGGUAGUGGAGGAUUCGUUGAUCCAUUCAGUGCCGCCCUGCCGCAUCAAUUUCCCGGCAACUCACUGUUCCAAGUGUCGACCCGGCGGCCAGUCUGCACGCGCGUACUCCGGAAGCCGAUCAAGUCUCCGCUGCUCACGAAAACCAUGUCGGCCAACUUUUGCGACGAGAUGGCGUUCCGCUCGAACGAACUACAUCCGGCCGCGGCCGUCGUCAUGCUGCAGGGCAAGGAGAUUAAGGCGGGAGUGCCGGUUUUUAAGGACAAGCUGCGUGCCCAUCGAAAGAUACAGUCGCUGCCAACGAUUGAUCAUUGA